GUUACUUAUACUUGUGGGGAAACUACCACAGUGGGUCGACGAAGAAGAAGACGAUCCAGAGUAUGAAGCAUGGCGGCUGACAUGAGACUGCCAACUAUCCGUAAACCAGUGUCACUUUGUUCUGGUGAACGAAAAGACCUGGUCGUCCCCGGCGAUGUUAUCACUUCAGACACUGGUUUUAUGAGGGGUCAUGGUACCUAUGUUGAUGAAGACAAGCUGACGGCUUCAGUUGCUGGAGAGGUGCAGAGAGUAGACAAACUUAUCUGUGUCAGACCACUUAAGACCAGGUUCAAUGGUGAGGUUGGAGAUGUGGUGGUUGGGAGGAUUACAGAGGUGCAACAGAAGCGCUGGAAGGUGGAGACCAACUCCAGACUGGACUCUGUGCUCCUGUUGUCCUCUGUUAAUUUACCUGGAGGAGAGCUGAGGAGAAGAUCCGCAGAAGAUGAGCUCACCAUGAGACAAUACCUUCUGGAGGGCGACCUCAUCAGUGCAGAGGUGCAGUCUGUCUUCUCAGACGGAGCCCUUUCUCUUCACACCCGUAGUUUAAAGUACGGAAAAUUGGGGCAAGGAGUGUUAGUGCAACUUUCUCCUUCUCUAAUCAAGAGACAAAAAACACAUUUCCACAACCUGCCAUGUGGGGCGUCCAUCAUCCUUGGGAAUAAUGGUUUUGUGUGGCUGUAUGCCACACCAAGCAACGAGGAGGAGGAGGCGGGGGGCUUCUACACGAGUUUGGAGCCUGUAAGCCUGUCAGAUCGAGAGGUGAUUUCACGCUUGAGAAACUGUCUACUAGCGUUGGCUGCACACAAGGUCCUUUUGUAUGACACCAGUGUUCUCUAUUGCUAUGAAUCUUCACUUCAGCACCAGGUGAAAGACAUCUUAAAACCAGAAGUGAUGGAGGAGAUUGUAAUGUUGACACAACAGAAGCUGUUGGAACAUGAAGGUUAGAGAGCAGAAGGCCAAACGAUCACCACAGGAGCGAGACCAAAUCAGGCAUAGAUUUUAAGGACUGACCACCUUUCUUGUGAAUACUGCAAUACUGCAGUAUUUAAAUAUUACUUGAGCAGCUGUCUUAAGUUUUUGAAUGUGAAGACAUAAAAAAACUGUUGUAUACCCAAUAAAUUUUCUACAGUUUUCAGAAA